GAGUGAUGAACGUCCGUGGCGCACUGACGCACCGACUUGAGCACCAAAACAAGGUCUGAGCCGCGCGCACACAGAGGAGUUGACCAUUGUGGAGUACAAUAUCAUGCAAGGAGAGGACGCCUGCUGACGGAGUGAGACACAGCUGUGGAUAUUGGUCUUCCCUCACCUUUGGAUAACUUGGAGAUUGGAAACGCUUCCUCUGGACGCUUUUGACGCACGGCAACAAGGAGCUAUUGAGGACUAAUCGGGAGUGGAGGAUUUAUAGUGUUUCGUGGAAGGGUUUUUUUUAAUACCCUAUUUGUUUACCUCGGCGUCAAUACUUCGGAAUAAGAAGGUUUUGCUGCGUGAGUGGCUGGUGACGCGGCUGCCCUGGAGAAACAAGAAGGAUGGCAGCCUGGUUCACCUUUACCAUCGCAUUUAGCACCACGUUAAUAUCACAGGUAUUUGGAUCCGGAGUUUUUGAGCUGGAUCUCCACGAAUUUAAAAACCACAAAGGUCUGCUUGCAAACGGAGAUGCAUGCAAACCCAACUGCAGGACUUAUUUUAGAAUUUGCUUGAAGAACUAUCAGGCUGUGGUCUCUCCAGGUGACUGCAUCUUUGGAAGUACAAUGACACCAGUGCUGGGGACAAACUCUUUCAGCGCCAAGGACAGUGGCACUUUACCUACACCAAUUCAAAUACCCUUCAACUUUGGCUGGCCGGGGUCCUUUUCAUUAAUAAUUGAAGCCUGGCAUUCACCUUAUGGAAACCUACCUGUAGAAACCAACAACCAAGACGCUUUGAUUAGCCUCUUUACCAUCCAAAGACAACUUGGUGUAGGAACUGACUGGUCUCAGGAUACACUGGCCGAUGUGCAGACAGAGCUGAAGUACUCGUACCGAUUCAUCUGCAAUGAAAGUUACUACGGAGAAAGUUGUUCCAAAAAGUGCACGCCCAGGGAUGACCGAUUCGGCCACUACACCUGCACCCGUGAUGGACAGCUAUCCUGUCUGUCCGGCUGGAAGGGGAAAUACUGCGAAGAACCUAUCUGUCUGGAGGGUUGCAGCGAGAGGAAUGGAAACUGCACCAAACCUGGCGAGUGUGUAUGCAGAGAUGGCUGGCAGGGCACGUUCUGUGACGAGUGCAGGAAGUACCCGGCCUGCAAGCACGGUACCUGCCAGCUGCCGUGGCAGUGUAACUGUCAGGAGGGCUGGGGAGGCCUAUUAUGUGACCAAGACCUGAACUUCUGCACCCAUCACCAUCCCUGCUUGAAUGGCGCCACUUGCAUGAACACUGGCCAGGGAAGCUAUACGUGUACAUGCUUGCCAGGCUUCACGGGGGUCAACUGUGAGCUGGAGAUGAAGGAGUGUGACAGCAACCCCUGCAGGAAUGGGGGGACAUGCACAAAUCUGGAGAGCGGCUACAUGUGCACCUGUCCCCAGGGCUUCGAGGGUUCCCACUGUGAGCACAGCCUGCUGACCUGUGCCGACUCUCCCUGCUUCCACAAGGGGAAAUGUAAGGAAAAGGACAACGGGCGCAGCUACAUGUGCGAGUGUCCCAGAGGCUACACCGGGCUCAACUGCGAGAAGAAAGUGGACAAGUGCACGUCGCUUCCCUGCGCUAAUGGAGGUCUGUGUCAGCUCCAUGGUGGCAUCCGUGUGUGCAGCUGCCGCGCAGGGUUUACCGGCCAGCGCUGCGAAAUCAACAUCAACGAGUGUGCUGGAAACCCCUGCCUUAAUGGAGGCACCUGCCAGGACCGAAUCAACGACUACACUUGCAUCUGUCCUGCCGGCUACGGAGGGCGAAACUGCGACCGGAUCCUGAACGAGUGUUCCCUUCAGGCCUGCCUCAAUGGGGGUACUUGCAGUGGAGGAGGUGGGCCGGGCAAGUCUCCAGCAACUUGCAGCUGCCCCGCUGGCUUCACUGGACCCCAAUGCGAAUAUUUCGCCGUCACCUCUCCUGUGACCACCGGAGAGAACAAAGAUGGUUUCCAGUGGGCGGCGGUUUCUCUGGCUGUUGGGCUGGUGGCACUACUGGUGGUGCUGUGCAUGGUGGUCUUGGCCUUGAGGCACAUCCACAGGCAAGCCCAGAGGCAGCGAAGAGAAUCAGAGACUAUGAACAACUUGUCCAGCAGUCAGAGGGAUAACCUGAUCCCAGUGUCCCAGCUCAAAAACACCAACCAGAAAAUCAGCCUGGAAGUAGACUGUGACUCAGAGAAAUCAAACUUUAUUCAUAAAAACUAUCACUUGGACCCUUACAACUCGAAAUCAAAGGAGUUCAAGGACGAAAAGUCACAAGAGGAUAAAAGUCUUAUUUAUGACAAGGGUUUAGAUGAUAAAACGCCUUUGAGUAGAGUGUACAGCGAAAAGCCAGAGUGUAGAAUAUCUACAAUAUGCUCCUCGAGAGACUCCAUGUACCAGUCGGUAUUUGUUAUAGCGGAAGAGAGGAGGGAAUGCGUCAUAGCGACUGAGGUAUAAACUGUGAGUGUCAGAAGGCAAGGGAACGAGGGGGGGGAGACACAAUCAAGGCAGAAUGUAAUAUUCUGGAUUGUUUACAAAUGCUGAGAAGAGACUGGAGAUCAUUUUAGAUGUUCACUGCUGCUCUGGAACACUUGAGAACUGGAGAGGGCAGAAAAGUCUGCUCUGCAAAAAGGAAAGAAAAACAAAAACAACAAAAAAAAGGACAGAAAUGAAAAAC